AUGGCAGAAGCACACGUCUCCAAACUGCGGCGGAGCCCGACCGUCAUCGUCAUCGGUGCUGGGCCCUCAGGAAUCUGCAUCGCCCACGAAAUGAAGCAUAAUAUGGGAUUUGAUGAUUUCAUGAUCUAUGAAAAACUGGACGGGCCCGGGGGAACAUGGAGGGCCAAUAACUACCCCGGGUGUGGUUGUGACAUCCCCACGCACCUUUAUUCGUUCAGCUUCGAGCUCAAACCCGAUUGGUCCAAGGAACUAUGUGACCAGAAGGAGAUAUUGGAAUACAUGGAGAACACUGUGGAUAAAUACAACCUCCGCCCCCAUAUGCGCUUCGGGAUCGAAUGCAUGGGCGCAAGAUGGAGUUCCGACAUUGGUCAAUGGGAAGUAACGUUGAGAGAUCUCAAGACAAACAUCGAAUACUCUCGGUAUGCCACUGCACUGGUCUCUGCCGUUGGUGGUAUUUCGUUUCCUCGCGAUGUCAAGUUCAAAGGGAUGGAGAAAUUCCAAGGGAAGAUAUUUCAUACGGCGAGGUGGAAUCAUGACUUCGACUACACAGGGAAGAAAAUGGCUGUCAUAGGAAACGGUUGCAGCGCCGCUCAGGUUGUCCCUGCUCUGUUGUCAAAGGCAGCAUGUGUCAAACAAUAUGCGCGGAGUCCUCAGUGGUAUCACGAGAGACCGAAUCGUCCAUUCACGAAUUUUGAGAAGUGGUGCUUCAAACAUAUUCCUUUCUGGCUUCGAUGGCAGCGACUGCGACUUUUCCUUGAGAGUGACAACCUCGUCUCAACCUAUAUGCCUGGACCAGCGGCAGCGAAAGUGCGAGAGCGUGUGGAAACACAAGCGAAGGAGUAUAUCCAUGCUACCGCGCCAGAAAAAUAUCACGAUUUCAUCGUCCCAAAAUUUCCGCUCGGUUGCAAGCGUCGUAUAUUUGAUCCUGGUUAUCUCCAGUCCUUGCACGCGUCAAAUAUCGAGGUUAUCCCGGAAGGGAUCAAAGAAAUCACCGAAACCGGUAUUAUCAGCGACAGUGGUGUCGAACAUGACUUUGACGCGAUCGUUCUAGCAACCGGGUUUCAGGUACAGCAAUUUUUAACUCCGAUGGAGAUCGUUGGGUCCAGUGGAGUAUCUCUGCGCAGGCAAUGGGAAGAGAAUCGUGGCGCGCAAGCCUUUCUAGGUACAACAGUCCAUAACUUCCCCAAUUUUGGUAUCCUAUUUGGGCCAAAUACAUUCCCCGCCCAUAACUCCGUUCUCUUCACCUGCGAAGUCCAGGUUGGAUAUCUCGCCCGUACCAUCCUUGCGCCACUGAUCGAUCGUCGCGUCUCCAUAAUCGACGUGAAAGAAACCCGCGAAAACGUCUGGGUGAGCGAUAUUCAUCAGCAGCUACAAGGUUCAGUAUUCUCUGCUGGUUGUUCAAACUGGUAUAUUAAUGAAUUCGGGCGAAAUUCCGCCUCAUUUCCAGGAUAUGCGCGCAACUUCUGGGUGCAGACCUGGAUGACUGCCAACGGGCUUGAUGACUAUGAUGUGAUUGGCAUCCAGGUGGCUAAGAAUUUGGUGGAGGACGAAGAGGCGGGUUAG